AUGUAUCCUGCCAGAAUUGUUGAUAUAGACCGUAAUUCAACGGUUAUGGCGGAUAGUAAUGAGCGCUAUAAUGAAAUUCAAGAGCGUCAAGACACUGUUCAGAAUUACAACAAUGGAGGGUAUUCGGACGAUCAGUUUUCGGUCUAUCGUGAUAAGGAUGUUUCGGAAACCAGUUCGCACGAAAAGAAGCCACAACCGUUUUCUCAUCAUGUUUGGGAUCCAUUAUUAAAACCUGUUCUAAUCUCUUACCUGAUACCAGUGGGUAUGGCUACCUUCAUUGUGAUGAUCAUUGUCUGGUUGUUUUUCUCUAUUUAUUGGGGGUCGAUGUAUAAAGGAGAUGAAAAAACACCAAAUAUCAAAGGUGUUAUUGUAAAUCGAGACAACGGUGUUAUUGGAAACUCAAUUGUUCAGGCUUUCCUGGAUGUAAACAACUGUUUACCAGUUGGCGGAAGCUGCUCACCUCAUUCAACAUGGAUUCUUCACGACCCCUCAGACUAUCCAACUCACGAAAAGUUGCUUCAGGCUAUUGAGCCUAAGGAGGAGUAUUAUAUCGCCAUCGAAAUUGUUGAAGGGGCAACUGAUAAAUUUCUCCAGGCUCGAGAUACUGGUGAUGCAUCUUUUUGCGGCGAAAAAUCGGUUAACAUUAUAUUCGCUUCGGCUCGAAAUCCAACCAAUGUUCCCAAAUAUGUGUUCCAGCCGGCACAAUCUUUAUUUGAGCGGACACAAGCUCAACUCACUCAAAACUUGACCUCCCAUUUUAUCUCUUCGAACUCAAAUAAUCCUGAGGCUAUUCAGACGGCUAACAGGGCUCCUUGUACUCUCACGAAUCCAAUUUUGGCCAACUUCAUGGACAUUCGCCCUUGGACAACUGAUGUUGCUAUGGCUCCCACUUUUGUCGGUAUGAUUUAUCUUGUUAUCUUAUCAUUUCAAGUCGUAAUGGCAGAGUAUGGAGCUCGGUUCGCAAUUCAACAUUAUUUGCAUUUCGGUGCAUUCGCCUUCUUGCGAUUGACGACCCCAUGUAUCUCUUCAUUAUUCAUUUCCCUGAUGAUUUCUCUCAUCAAUAUUCCUUUUGAUCUUCCUUUUGACGGCUCAUUCUCCUAUGGAGCUGGCUUCAUGGUAUAUUGGAUGUGCACCCAGUGUGGUAUCGUCGUGUUUUUCCUGUGUCUUGAAUCUGUUCUUACACUCGUCACGCCUAAAUUUAUUGGUAUAUUUCUUAUCUUUUUCAUUAUCGCAAACGUCAGUGUGAGUAACACAGAGCUUUCGAUUUCGCCGACAUUUUACAAAUACGGUUAUGCUAUGCCAUUCUACAAUCUGCGACACAUAUAUCUCCACAUCUUUUUUGGCGUGGGUGAGAGGAACAUGAUUCUAAAAUAUAUUGGAAUCAUUUGGGCUUGGAUGUUGGUUGUUGCAUCUAGCUUCAUGUUCGUCGUCUGGUUUGACUACAAAAAGCGAUACAAGUCUCAUAUCAAGACAAUUAAAAACGAGUCGUCACCUUGA